UCGGUGAUUUGGUCGUUCCCGGAAGCUUCCGUGUUUACAGUGGCUCGGUAGUAUAGCUGUAGGUUAGAGCCACUGGUCUAACAAUAAAGAGUUAUUGUAUGCUUUUGGUGGUCUAGUCUCUUGUUAAAGUGUCUUUAAAUUAGCAAUAACCCCCUCGAUAAGAAUGACGGCUCGGAGGAGAAAGGGCUGUCGACAAGCUGGCUGACGUUGCUACGAGGUUAGCCAGCGAGGCCACCGUAGCAGCUGCUGCUAGCUGAGCGCCGAGCAGCGGCUGGUCCAUCCGGUCCGGGUACGCAGCAGGAAAGGAGCGCAGCCAUGGGCGCGGAGAGCAGCGCGGUGCGGGGCUGCACUCUGCUGGAGGAGCCGCUGCUGACCCUGCCCUCCGGAGCCGCCGUCUACUCGGCGGUUCUCCACGACGGGAAGCCCGCCUCCGUGUUCGUCCACAAGCGGGGCAACGAGGACAAGGUCAACAAGGCUGCUAAGCAUCUGAAGACGCUGAGGCACCCGUGCCUGCUGCGCUUCCUGUCCUGCUCGGUGCAGAACGGCGACGUCCAUCUGGUAACGGAGCACGUGCGUCCUCUGGAGCUGCUGUUGGACAGCCUGUCCCCGGAGGAAAUCUGCGCCGGCAUCUACGACGUCCUGCAGGCGCUCGUCUUUCUGCACGAAAGGGGCAAAUCGAGCCACAACAACGUCUGCAUUUCGUCCGUGUUCGUCAGCGAAGACGGCCACUGGAAGCUGGGAGGGAUGGAGACUGUGUGCAAGUUCUCUGAAGCAACUCCAGAGUUUCUCAAUAGCAUUCAGAGUGCCAGAGAGAUCACCUGCGUUCCUCCUGAAGAGCAGGUGGAAGGCUUUAAAAUCCUCCCGGACCAACAUGCUUACGCACGGGACGGCUACUCCUUUGGCUUCAUGGUGGAGGCUCUUCUCCCUCUGCUGAAUGAUUAUGUGUCACAGGAGCUCUCUGAGAGUCUGACAAAAACCCUGCAGGCAGGCCUGCUGAACUCUGACCCCCUGGCCCGACCUUCGCUCAGCUCCUUGCUCAGCCACGACUUCUUCAGGAAUGACUUUCUAGACGUGAUGAACUUUCUGAACAGCCUCACUCUGAAGACAGAAGAGGAAAAAAAUGAGUUCUUCAAGUUUCUACUCGACCGUGUCCAGAACCUUCCAGAAGAGCUGAUAGCUUCCCGUCUUGUCCCCAAAAUUCUCCAUUCCCUUGUUUUUGCAGAACCCAUGGCCGUCAAGAGCUUCCUCCCUCAUCUGCUGAGACCAAAAAACGAUCCCAGUCAUGGUGAAGGCAGUGAGGAUUGCCUGCUGUCUGUGUCCCUUCACCGGAAACAUGUGAUUCCUCAGCUGCUGAAACUCUAUAAAGUAAACGAAGAACACAUUCGGAUUGUGCUCUUGGCUCACAUCCACGUCUACGCUGAGUUCUUUUCCCACGAUGAACUUAAAAACAAGAUCCUACCUCAGGUUUUGUUGGGACUGAGAGACACCAAUGACUCCAUGGUUGCAUUGACGCUACAGAGUCUGGCUGUGUUGGUGCCUUUGCUGGGAGCUCAAGUAGUUGUUGGCGGGGACAGAACCAGGGUGUUUAAACGCACCUCACCUAGCUUUACCAAGUCUGCAGAGGCCACACCUGAAACUUCACCUGUCCACAUCGGUGGAAGCUCAAACUUUCAGAUGAUCCAACCCUCCAAAAUCUUAAACAUGUUUCCCAAAACACCGGGGAGCGAAGGCUCAGUCCUCGGUCACAUGGGAGACAUAAAGGGCAUACAAGAGAGGCCAAGUGGGAUUGCACCAUCAUCUAAUCCCAGUCGAAAGAUAUCUUUACCCUUAAACGGCUUUCAUCAGGAUAAUAAAAGCCAGGAAGUGUUCCUGGGCCCGGGGGAAGCUCACAGACCAGAGGGCCGUGUGGAAGAGUGGCCUGACUGGAGUGAAAAUGAAGUGGGAGAACUUCGAAAUGCUGUGCACAUCCACAUUGAGGCGUCAGAGAGAGUUGAUCCUGUUGGCAGCAGACACCCAGCUGAAAGCGCCGAGGAGGAGCCUUGGGAUGACUUCGAGGACCCUGAACCUAGCUCGGACCUCUCCCCCACAGCUCCUUCUGCAGAUUCACUGAUUCUAUCACCGCCCAAACGGAUCACCUCCACAGCCGCUGAUCAGACUCCUGAAGCAUUGACACUAAAAUCCUCUAAACCCCUAAAACUGAUCCCAACGCUGUAUCAGUCGACACAGAGCAAGAGUACUUCAUCGUGGGACGACGGCUGGAGUCAAAAGAAGGACUUUCAGAAACCUGCCAACUCAUCAGUACCAGGGGCCAAAUCUGCAGUGCCAGUAAAGAGCGACCCGACAGGAGGUCUGGGGGAUGAGUUCACCAUCAAGGUGAAGAAGAAGCUAGAGCAAGACCCGGAGCUGGAUUUAUUUGCCGACAUGGUGCCGGACAUCAAGUUAUCUUCUGCUGCUCUGCUGCCUCUAGAGGAGAGAAGUGUGCACGCCGCAGGCCAGUCUGCCGCCUUUUCAGAUACAACUCUGAAGAUCGACUCGUCUGUUGAUGCGUCAACACUUCCUGCCAAGUUUGCAGCUAACCCGUCUGAGGCUGAAACAGAUGGCUGGGGCGAUGGAGAUGACCUCAACUGGGAGGAUGAGAAUGCCUGGUGAUGACACCAAACUCCACCUGGAGCGAAACACUCAACCACUGGAGACCUUUAAUCCAUGAACCACAUCUGGAGUGCUGCCAUCCUACAAACUAGUAAACCGGAAGAAGCUCCAGGCGAUAAGAUGAGGCCGUAGAAGAAGAAGCUGGGCCUGAAUCCUUCGUCGCUGAUGUUUGCUAUGGGCCCGUAGGGUACGGUCUGACGGGCGGCUCGACGGUGCUAGACCUGGACUGAAGAAGCCAUUUCUAAUUGUUUGCCAGUCGACAUUAGUCACCUCAGUAUGGUUACGGAUCCUAAUUAGAGGUGGAUGUCAUUGCUUUUAUUAUCUCUUCUUUUUUUUUUAUGUGCCAAAUCUACUAUUGGCAUCAAGCUCAUGAUAAACUUUUAGCAGGACAAAUGUUUGUUCCCUAAAGCUUGCACUUUGAAUGAAUGUGAAAUAGAAAGUCCAUUAUUUAUUUGAGCUUUUUUGGUUGGUGGUGAAAUAAACAUUUUACUGCGUAAAAUG